GAGAGGACAGCCACAAACAACCUCCCUUUUAUUCGGGAUAUCUCAAGAGCCGUAAAACAUUCAAAUAAGAAAUUCAUUAAAAUUGACAAGCCCCCUGUAUGCCAGAAAUUAUUACAGAAAGGAAAGAGAUAUAGAUUAGUUUGUGAGCCAGAAGCUGAAGUAACUCCAGAGGAAAUUGAAUUUGUUGACGGAUCUCUCUUGAAACUAAAAAGUUACAUUGAAGUCUAUUUGGAGAAACCCGACGACUUCACCUUGUCUUUGGUUGAGCUGGAGUCCGAUGCGACCGUAUGGAAAGCAAAACUAAGAGAGAGUGACUGGAUACAUUAUGAUCAGAACAAAAACGAGCAGAAAAGAAGCGCAGUCAGUGUCAAAAAACGGAAGCCAGCCAUCAGCGUUUCGGAAGAAGACGAGCUCUGUAGCAAAAAGCAAAAGACCAGCAAUACUGCAGAUGGAAUUGAAACAAAAAUCUUAACUGAUCAACAGCUGAUGAUGAUCGCAAAGCUGUUUGGUAGGCAGUGGAGAGAAAUUGCCAUUGAGUGUCUUCAGAUGGAAAUGAAAGACAUUGAGCAGAUUCAGGCAACGGAGGAAGAAGUUAAUAUGCAAAAAUUUCUGGUGUUAAGCAAGUGGAGAGACAGGGAGCAAAGCAACGGAACUGCAGAAGCUUUGUACAGAAGUCUCUAUGAAAAAGCGUCCUAUGAGAUACUGCAAGCCCUACAAGGGAAAGACAGGGAGAAAAGUUAUGCAGAAAUUUUCGUCCCCUUAAAAAAAAAAUUGAACUGCCAAAAUCAUGAGCUAUUGGAUGAAAUGUUGCAAGGUUGUCGUAAGUUGUGGGCCAUCUUUCCAACCCUCGAUGCUCCACUGCUAGGUACAUCCCAGGGGGUGGCCGAGGAAAAGGGCUGUGUUGGUGCCCAGGACCUCGAGGGCUUUUAG